AUGCCCGAGCCGCUACUGCAGAAGUGUCCUUAUGCAAACCAAUGUUUCAAUGACAAAAAGCACUCUCUCUAUUUUCCUGCCAUUCCUCUCAAAUACAAUGACUACCUCCACCCAAAGUAUUCUCUACCACCUGUCAAAAUUGACAUCGGUAAUGUACAGUGGGAAUUUGAACAACUUUUACGAACUCCUGGACGUGCGGUGCGUACCGCCGUAAGCACAAAUCCUCCGUAG